CAUUCAGGUUCUUGUCACGAGACUGAAAGCAAGAGCGAAAGAGGAAAUAAGUCAUCUCCCGGAAAAAAGAUAUUGAGCAAGCUUCGACGACUCAUGGAGGGAGGAGACACAAAACCUCCACCGUACAAUUACGGUGCUAUCCCAACAGAUGCUGGUCAUUCAGCACUACCACCAUAUACUGCUGGAGCGGGAUACCAGCAGACAGGAGGGAACCUUCCACCCCAGGCUUAUCCCCAGCCUCGGCCUUAUGUACCUCCUCCUAGAACCACGACAACCAUCAUUACACCACCAGGUCCAAUUAUUAUGAACAUGGCUUUUGGUGAGUGUCCGCUUAGCAUGGUGUGUCCGCACUGCCAGACGCACAUCAUUACAUGUACAACAUAUCAAGAUGGGACCUUAACAUGGCUUGCUGCUGGAGCUAUUUGUCUUGUGGGGUAAAUAUCUCUUUCAAUUUUACUUUCAUUUUAGCAAUUAGGAUGUAUAGUGUACAAUUUUGUUGUGCACUUUAAAAAGUUGUGCAAUUCAGAUCGCAAGGGUUAAAGCUGGGGAUACUAUUUCCUGUUCUUGUUAUAACUCCAAUUACAGACCCUCUCUCCACCCAGCCCAGUUGUUCAAAAGCAUGAUGACUCCAGGAUUAGCAUGGAUUUUAUUCUCAGACUAGUUUAAGAGGUUUUCAGUGACAUAUCUCUUCAUUUUUUUCUGUAUUUGGUUUUGACAUUGAUUAUGAUCCUACCCUACAAGACAUAUGUAACAACAACAAAAACCAAUCUUAUUCAAAAGAAAUGAAAUACUUAAUUAUCCUCUAAUCCUGGAUUAGGAAGUGUUGGUUAUCUUUUGAACAACCAGGCCCAGUGGUAUAAAUGAUUAGCAGUGAAUUGUAAUGGUAAUUCAGGGCUCAAAAAAACUGCCGUCCGGUUGUCCAGGACAAGUAGAUUUUCCUUCUGGGCAAGUAGCUUUUCAUUCUCACUUGCCCAAUGGGCAAGGGAUCAGGUAAGUUGUCUGCCAUCUAAAGCAUUAAAAGAGCAAACUAAGAUUUGCCCAUGGUAAGCAAAAUUUGAGAGCUACACUUUACUUGUCCCAAGUACAAGCUGGAAUUCAAGUUUUUUUUUUUUUGAACCCUCGUGGGUAAACCAUAGCAAAGUACAGAAGGGCUGGGUAAUGACAGUAACCUGUUGUGAAGUAGCAACCCACUUACAUGUAUGUAAGGGGCGUCAACAAUUAUUAAUGACCAAGUUGGGUCUUACAUAUCCAAGAACUGGAAUGAACUUAAUCCUCUAUGUUUACUGGUCAUACAUGCAGUAAAUGCGGAGAAAGGACUGACUGAAGUGGACGAUGAAUAGUAAAAUCUAAGACUCGUCAACAUGCCAAGACCCUUGUUAGAAAAUCCAAGACUGAGUCUGAAACAAUUUUAGACUCCAAAGGCAAAAGGAACACACAAAAUGAGACCUUGUGACUCAUCUCAAAUGCUGUUAAGAUUUUGAGAUCAGAUCAUUAAUUGUCCCUGGAUCCCAACCAUUUGCCAUCUCUAGAGGUGAAGUUCCAUCCUGUUCAACUUGACUGACUGUAUGAUUGAUAUUUUAUUAGCCUGUUCUGGGCGUUUGGUAAGUAGUCGCCUGGGAACUUGUAUGAAGAAUGAGUGGAAGAAACGUGAUGGUCCCCCUUGCUCUUGCACAAACAUUACAGAAUCGUGCCCAUUGAAAAACGACACACAGGAAAAUGCAAAUGAGCAAAAAAGGAGACAGAGAGCAUGCGUAAGGCCUGUCAAUCAAGACCUUUCUCAUGGCAAUACCCAUUGUAGGUCAUUUUCAUGAGUAUUUGUUCUAGAUCUGACUGCUCAAAUUUUGCCCUAUUCAUCAGAGAAGAAUAGAGGUAAUUCUUAAGACAGUGUGUUUCAUCAAAUAUAACUUAUGCUGCUGGUAAGCAGAGAUGUCAGAUAAUAUUUUAAUAUUCUAGGGAAAAAUUCUUGCUUUCACCACUUUUAAUGUUAAUUUGCAAAUUGAUAUUUUAAAUCAAAUGUGCACUUUAUUAUGUACAAAAUCUUCUGGAAAGUUUUAAAGUACUCUGAUAUGUCUGAAUUGGCUGGCAUAUGUUGAUCAGUUGUUUACAUUCUAUGCAAAUUUAUCAGCUGGCAGCAUGAGACCAUGAAAGUUGAAAUCGCCUUUUCAGUAAGGGGGUGAGGGCAUGAAAUACCACUGUCUGCUGUGUUUGCCAAAUGUUGAUCAAAAACAUUCCUUUUGUUGACAAAAAUGUUCAAACAGUAGAAUUUAUGUUAGCAAGAGGAUGGUUUAAAUAAAUUACUUAAUAUUGCCAUUAAGCAAAGACAUGUUGUAUCACAUUUCACUUUUCAAUGCUUUGACAGCAAAUAUAACUCCUUUCGUUAUUGUAUUGUUGCUGCCUAGGUUGCUGUCAGUUCUAAACUAAGCAAUGGAUAUGAUUAAAUAUAUUUGCUUUCAGAAGCAAGCAUUUAGCACAUUCGAUCGGCGAUGUUUAAGGGUCAAAAAUGCUUCCAUAACAAAGUCUGUCCUUCACAUAAAUCAGUAGUUUUACUUAAAAACACGAAGAGAUGGCUAGAUUUUCUCAAGGG